GCCGCUAUUUCCGGCCGGCCGCACGCUUGAUCACUAUUGACUCGCCGUUGAAUCAUGGAAGGGGUCGAGGCAUCAUCGGCGACGUGCCGUCCGAGUGCCUCUCGUUUGAUAUGCUGUAAUGUUCGGUUCGCGAGGCGACGCGAGGAGGCGGCCUUCCCCGGAAAGGGCUCAGCAGCGGACCGCUGUCUCUCUCCCUCUUACAUGGAACACUCGGCGCGUGGGAGAGAGACAGAGCGAUGCGUGCGGACACGCUCUGCAGGGUGGGCCCGGGGGGCAGCCCGGGUCCCUCCUUCGCCGCGGCGAGUGCGUCCACCGCAAGUGUCCGAGAUGGUGGCGUCUGGCCUGUACGUUGACACCCACCUCACGUGACAUAGCAGCUACCCGAGGCAGUGUUACCACACGAGUAGGCAAAUUUUCCCACGAUGCUCGCCGUUUGAUAGGGUUGCCAAACCUCCGCCGGCUUAGGGCUUUGCCUAUUGAGGUGGCUUAGGUCGGCCACCCUUCCACACUGAUCGUUGGAACUUCCACCUACUCGUGUGGCGACGCUGGUCCAAGCCGAGUGCGAUUCCAGGCCGCUUCCUCGUUUCCAGAGGCGAUGGCUUCCGGAGGAAGAACAGGAGCGCGCCGCUGCCGGAGUCGGACGCGGCACCGCAAGGGUCCGAAGGGGCUCCGGCCGCCCCCAUCAACUUCUUCGCGCUCAACUACGUCCUGCUGGCGCUGUCCGGCAUCUGGCCGCCCGACGACCUGGCGCCCCCCGCCCGCGUCACGUACAUCGUGCUCAGCUCCAUCGCGCACUUUUUCUUCUUCUACUCGUCCAUCACGUAUACUGGGGCCAUGAUGGGCAUCGACAGCAUCGACAAGGCCACGGGGGCGCUGUGCGACCUCUUCGUCAUCUACCUAUCCAUCUACAAGAUCUUCGUGCUGCUCAAGAACAAGCAGCUGAUCCGAAGCCUCGUCGAGGCCCUCAAGUUCGACAUGGACGUGCAGUACGCCCCGCUGAGGCGCGCGUGCCGCGAGCACGAGGAGCAGACCCACAAGCAGGCCACCAAGUUGACGUUCAUGUACUACAUGGUGCUGCUGUCCGUGGACGCCACCUACAUCUUCAUGUUCCUGCGCGCCGAGUGGAACGACGUGGUGGGCAUCCCGCAGUGGGACCCGCUGUCGCUGCGCCGCACCAACAACUUGACCUUCUUCUUCUACGCGUGCGUGCCCAUCUCGGCCGCGCUCAUGUCGGGCAUCCACACCACCGUCUUCGACACCAUGAUCCUGUCCUUCAGCAUGGGCCUCGGCGCCAAGAUCGACAACCUGGCGCGCCUGCUGCGCACCCUGGAGGAGGAGCCGAAGCAUGCCGCGCACGGCGUGCACGGCGACGGCCUCGUGGAGGUGCACCGCGAGCGGCUGCAGCGCCUGCACGACGCCGUGCGCCUGCACCAGCGCAUCAUCAGAUUCGUCGAUGAGUUGGAGAGCGCGCUGUCCUCCAUGUCCCUGGCCCAGCUGCUGGAGUCCCUGGCUGCCGUCUGCCUGCAGGCCUACCGGCUCACCGCUGCCCCGCCUUCGCCUGCGGAGGCGGUGCCACUGAUCAACUUCUGCUCUGGCUUCUUCUCCAGCUGUGGAUCUUGUGCUGGAGUGGAGAAAAUAUUGCGACAAGGAGCAAGAACUUGGCCACAAUAGCUGGCCGGUGCCACUGGUUGGGAGCGGGCAGGGACUUCCAGAACGACAUGCGGAUGAUGAUGCUCAGGACACAGCGGCCCUUGUGCCUCACUGGCAUGAAGAUGGUCAAGCUCAACUACCCUGUGUA